AUGACAAAAUUUAGCAUACGAACAUUUUAUAAAAAUCCAAAAUGGACAGGUCAAACAGCUACUGAACUUGAACAUCUUCAAAGUAUAAUUGAUCUUCGUCGACGUCGAAGUGAAGAUCUAUCAAAAAAUCGAAGAAAAUCUGAAUAUCAAAUUGGUGCUCGUAUUAUAAUUAAUGUUAGUGGUUUACGUUUUGAAACAUUAAAAACAACACUUGAACGUUAUCCUCAAACAUUACUUGGAAAUAUUCGUCGCCGUUCAUUAUUUUAUGAUAAAAAACAGGAUGAAUAUUUUUUUGAUCGACAUCGUACUUGUUUUGAAUCUAUACUUUAUUAUUAUCAAUCACAUGGACGUCUUCGUCGACCAGAAUAUGUUCCACUUGAUACAUUUCUAGAAGAAAUAACAUUUUUUGAGCUAGGUCCUGAUGCUCUUAAACAAGUACGAAGAGAUGAAGAUUUAGAAGAAGCAACAAAAGUUCAAUUACCACAAAAUCGAUUUUAUCGUCAUUUAUGGGCAAAUUUAGAAUAUCCACAAUAUUCAAUGACAGCAAAAAUUAUUAAUAUGUGUUCUAUUCUUUUUAUAUUAGUAUCUGCUAUUGAACUUGCUAUAGAAACAUUACCAAAUUAUAGAGUAGCUUAUAAUAGUCGAUGUCAACAAGAAGGAGAUGGAUUAUUAAUUGAUAGAAACAAUACAUCAACUCAUCGGCUUUGUCCACCAAAUUUUUAUUCACCAUUGUUUAUAGUACAAACUGUUUGUAUCGCUUUCUUUACUAUAGAAUUUUUUCUACGUUUAAUAUCUUGUCCAUCAUAUUUUGGUUUUAUUAAAUCAAUUCUAAAUUGGGUUGAUUUUUUGGCAAUUGUUCCUUAUUAUAUAACAUUAAUAAUUAAUCUUCUUGGCUUUUAUAAAGAAAUUUCAUCAAAAACUUAUUUUUUUCUAAGUCUUCUACGUAUAUUUCGUUUUAUGCGUAUAUUUAAACUUUAUCGUAUAUUUCAACAUGUUAAAUCGUUACGUGUACUUGCUUGUACAUUAAAAGAAUCAAUACCUGAUUUUAUUAUAUUAUUAUCAUUUUUAUCAAUAAGUGGCUUUUUAUUUGGUGCAGCAGUUUAUUUUGCUGAAAAUGAUGUUAAUGAACAUGUUUUUGAUUCUAUACCAAAAGCAACAUAUUAUGGAAUUAUUACAUUAACAGCAGUUGGAUAUGGUGAUAUAACUCCUAUUACUCCACUUGGACGAUGUUUAGCAUGUUUAGCUGCUAUAUAUGGUAUAUCUAUUGUAUCAAUGCUUGUUUCAGUACUUGUUGAUCGAUAUCAACGAGUAUAUAAUCGAAAACGUUUUCUUGAAGAUGAUUAUAAUGAAAAUAUGAUUUUUAAUGAAUCAUCUAUACGUUCACAUAAUCAUGAUGAAGGUUUAGAAAGUCAAAUAGAUAUUAAUAAAGCAUUUACUGGUAUUGAAGAAGUUAAUGAUCAAAUUGAAGAAAAAGAAAAUAAUGAUGAACCAUCUGGUAAAGUUCGUUUUAUUCUUGGUUAUUUAUCUGAUGAUGAUACUGAUAAUGAUCAAGAUAACAAUGAUAAUGAUGAAAGUGAAUUUAUAAAUAAAUUUACACAAGAAUUACUUCAAUCAAAAUCAAAUAAAUAUCGUUUAAAGUGUAAAGAUAAUUAA